GUUUAAAAAGGAGGAGGGCUCGCUUGUCAAGAAUGCCUUAGAAGAGUUGUGAAAACAGCCAGCCGAGGAGGGGAGGCAUGCAGUUGCGGAUGCAGCUCUCCCACCGAGCCACAAGCCAGCCUGAAGCCGAGCGAGGCAGAGGGAAGAGAGAGGAGAGGCUGCGAAGGACGUCAGAGAGGGAAGGGAAGCUCGCUGUCACGGGAAGGCGUCCGUCCUCACGCCAUCCGGGCUGUGGAAGCCUCACAUGAAGAUGCACAUUUAAGCGGAGACUCUUUGACAGAUUCAGAUUUCCACUCCUGAUUUGUUCACUGAGGGACUCAAACUCCUCGAACCAGAUUUAAGAAGAAGUGUGAUCUGCAGCAGCAUGGAUCAGCCGGCCAGCAGCUGCAUGCGGAGCGCCCACCCCAGCAGCCCGAUCUGGGGCUGCAUGAGGAGCCCUCACCCGGGGGCCAACCUCCAGUCGCCCUACCAGCAGGCCCCGUUCUCCCUGCACCAGAAGCCCGAGUUCCUGGCCUACACGGACUUCUCGGGCUCCUGCCUGGUGCCGAGCGCCCCCCACGCCGCCUACCCCCGCGACGACAGACUCUACCACGACGGCCAGGGCGGCUACCAGAGGGCCGACUGGCAGUUCAACCCCUGCGAGACCCGGGUGAGGGCGCCCGAGGCCUGCCCGCCCGUCGCCCCACCGGUGGUGGGGGGCGGCGGCGGCGGGGAUGGAGGGCCCGAGCUGGACAGUGUUGGGGGGGACAGGCUGCCCGGCGCCGUGCCAGGCGGGUGUCUGGAGGGUGAAUACUCGCCGCAGAGCGUGGCGUCGGCCGACUCGGACAAGAAGAGCUCCAAUAAGAGGAAGAGGGACGUGACAGAUAUCCAGGAGUCCAGCUUUAAGGUGGAUUCCAGCUGCAAGGCCAGGAAGGAGCGCACGGCGUUCACCAAGGAGCAGCUGAGGGAGCUGGAGGCCGAGUUCACCCACCACAACUACCUGACCAGACUCCGCCGCUACGAGAUCGCCGUCAACCUGGACCUCACGGAGAGACAGGUCAAAGUUUGGUUCCAGAACCGGCGGAUGAAGUGGAAGAGGGUGAAGGGAGGACAGUCGGCUUCGCCCAACGACCUGGAAAACGACGACAUAGACUCAGCUGCCUCUCCCAGCUCUGAAUGACGGAGGACUGUACAGGAAGAGAAAGAUACGACUGUUUAGUCGGACGUCACAACGGACGCCGACGAAGCCUUAUUUUCAUGGAAAGUUGGAACCAAAUAAUUCAGGAGACUCCCAGGAAUUAAAAAUCGUCCUUUUGCAGUUUUUCUGUUGUAAAUAGUCGAUUUCUGUCCAUAACGAACUGCAGUUUUGAUCAGUACUCAGCUUGAGAGGCCUCGACUGUUUGAAUAUUCCAGAUUAAAGAUGUAGGUUAGCGAUAAGUGGCGGCGAUGACAUGUCGGGCCGUGAUGUGAUUGUGUUUGAGUGCAUCCCCUUUGGUUUCCAAUAAUGUAAUCAUGGCCUCUGACGCUUGACUACAACCACCUGGGAAAACUCAGACUGCACAACUAUUGCCAAGCCAUAAGUGCCUCCGUUUUUGUCAGUUUCUUUUUCCUCGAAUAUAGUUUUUUCUGCCUUUUUGUUUUUUUUACUACUCUUUUUUUUAUAUUAUUUGAAUGUUAUUGAUAAAACUCAGAUGUUGACUGUUUCUGCAAAUAGAAUAAAUCAUCUGCAAAAAUGGGGAA